GGUGGCGGGGGGCAGGUUGUCGUGGCACGCUGUAUGGCAGUGGGAGAAGGUCGGCGAUGGAAGGUUAUUCCCUUCUGUGCUGUCGGUCAUUGGAUUAGACAAAGUGAGGGCAUGGGCUACAUUCUCGAUGGAUGAAGGCUGUUGGCGGAAGGAACCGCGGGAGUGUUUCCUCUGAAUGAAGUCGCACUUUUCGGGCCGCCGAUUGGCGUGAUCGAGGGGGCAAUGGUAAUCGAUCUUCUCCAUAUCGUUUAAUCGAUCUUCUCCAUAUCGUUCCACUUUCACCGUAUGAUGUUCCGAAGAAGGAGGACGUAUAUUCUUUUCCCGCUGUGCAGGAGUGCCGCUGUCUGAUGCUUUGUGCUGGCCGAUUGCCACUGUAAGACAGGUAGUUACGACGACUGGUUAUUUCUUUAGUCACGACAUGGUGACAUACUGAAGGAGUGUGUACAGCUGAAUGUGGCCUCAAUUGAGCGCCCAGAUACAGGGGGGAACGUUAUCACGCAGCUGUGAGAACGCAUGUGUUACGGGCUGUGACAGCGGGGCUGCACAGAGGAGAGAGUUAUGAUGUGUGAGACCGACCUCACGACGAUGGCGUGUCCAGGGUACAUGGAACGUGGUCGUCGAUUGUUUUUCCCAUGCGUGGAAAUCGAUCUGCCACUUUGAUCUAGAGGGUUGGAUGCCUCUGCCAUGUCCAGGAGGGAGUUGCGACCCUGACGGAGAAGGGAGAAAAAGCCGUUAAUCGAAUCCAAUCAAUCAUACAAGCAUAUACGAAGGUGGAGCGUGAGGCUUUUUCGCACGCUUAACAUAGGAGAAUAGCAUGCAAUGGCCAGAGGGGACAAUCAGCGGCGACAAGGAUCGCCAUCGCCAUCGCCAUCGCCAGCGCCUGUACCUUCGUCUGCGGCUUCGCAUUCGUCUUCAUCGGGUGGAUAUGGGGGAAGGAGGAGGGACGUGACGAAUGGGCAAUUAGGGCGUUCCAACUCAGGGUCCAGGUCGGCGUGGGCGACUUCUCCGGCCGAGAGAUCUGGAGAUCGAUCGUCGAACUCUUCGUCCUGGCGACGUCCCCCACCGCCACCCCCUGACGUGCAAUCACAAGCUUCUGCCACAGGAGGCCAGGAUCCGCCAGCAGCUGUCGUGGGAGGAGGUGGUUGGUCCAGCAGACAAUCUCAAUCGUCAUGUCAUCCGUCUGGCGGCUCUAACGGUCGCGCAUGGGCUCGGCGUGCAGCUGCGGACGUGCAAGCUGAAGCUUCGUCAUCGCCCGCAGGCUUGCCAGCUCAGCAAGCUCCGGUGGGAGGAGGGGGUGGUGGGGGUGGGGUGGGGGGUGGGGUGGGGGGUGGUCAUCAGCGACAGUCGCGGCCGCCAAAUCAUCGGCGGUCUCAGUCUUCUUCCUGGGCAAGCAGAUCGCGAUCGGCCGAGAGGAAUUCCGACCCCAAUACACCCCAUCAAACCCUCCGUAACCCUUCUUCGAAUCCCCGGUCGUCAUCGAUUCGUCGUUCUUUUUCGGGUUAUCCUUCUCUUGGAGGAAGCCAAGAAGCACAAGAAGACGGAGAACAACAUGGGCGGGAUGACAGCAGAGAAAGAACAGGCCAGCAGCAGAGGCGGCAAAACCCCAGCCCGGCGCCCGUCUUGCCGUCAUGGAAUCCCCCGGUGUCUAGGUCGGCAGGGAAAAGUGGUGACGUCAUCGACUCUGCUUCGUUAAGCAGUUCGGGGAGAGAUAGCUCGAGCAGCGCGGAGUCGGGAGACGAUGGCAGGAUUGGUGACGAGGAAGCGAAUGCAACAAAUGGUGGUGGGGAAGGAGGAGGAGGAGGAGGAGGAGGAAGAGGAAAGAAGAAAAGGGGUAGAAAGCUCGUGGAUACGGCAGGGAUCGAGCACGCAAUCUUUCAGGGGUAUCGGCAGCGGCAGCUUACGCCGACGCUUUCGAGGAGAUGGGCGGAUGUCGAUGAUGAAGAAGAUGAAGAGGAGGAGGAGGAGGAAGGCGAAGAAGUGAUUCAAGAGUUUGCCUCGGGUAGUCUGGAGAAGAUACGGGACUACUUGAUUGCUUCGCAGAGCGGUGCGACGUCGUGUUUGAUCUGCCUGGGGAAAAUUAGGGUUUCUGAUUCCGUUUGGGAUUGCAAAAAGGGUUGCUAUUGCAUCUUUCACUUGCAAUGCAUUCAGACGUGGGCGCGGCAAUCGUCCGCGGCAUCCGCCGCUCGAGCUGUGGCGAACGCUUCCGCGGGGCUUGUUGCGGAAUCGGAAGCUCCUUCCGCUCCCGCUACUACCGUUAGUUGGCAUUGUCCGAAGUGUCGGUCGGAGUUCUCCCAGUCGGAGAUCCCAAGGGAGUAUCGAUGCUUCUGCGGGAAAGAGCGCGAUCCCCCCGUCAGCGGGUGGAUUGCUCCUCAUUCUUGCGGGGAGCGAUGCGAGCUCCCCCUCCGCUCCACCUGCUCCUCCUCUUCGUUGGCGGUAGAAUGUGGGCAUCAGUGCUCUCUGCUGUGCCACCCAGGACCUUGCCCGCCUUGUCCUCAGCUUCUUCUUUUCCGUUGUUAUUGUGGCGCCCGAGCGGAGCUUAAGCGUUGCGGCCAUCGUCAGUGGUCGUGUAGAGGACGUUGCUCCAAACCUCUGGAGUGCGGGAUUCAUCUCUGCCAGUCAGAAUGCCACCCUGGGGAAUGCCCCCCUUGCUCUCAAGCCGGCGAGUACACGUGUCGCUGCGGCGGUGUUUCGGAGAGCAGGACCUGUGCGGAGCGAGAUUUUCAGUGCGAGAAGCUGUGCGGCAAGCGCCUACCUUGUGGGCGACACACGUGCGACGCCGUGUGUCACCCCCCCGGCAAGUGUCCUGGCUGCCCUCUCUCUUCGGGCAAACGGGUCUGCCCUUGCGGGAAGGUGGAGUUCAAAGACUUGACGUGCGAUGUACCCACCCCGACGUGCGGUGCAACCUGCGAGAAACUCUUGCCCUGCGGGCGGCACCGGUGUCCGGAGAGGUGCCACGUCGGACCAUGCAUUGACCUGUGUCGAGCCGUUGUCUCGAAACAAUGCCGUUGUGGCGGCCAGUGGCGGGAUGUGCCGUGUCAUCAGGAGUUCCACUGUGAUCGCAAGUGCAUGCGAGCGCGCAACUGCGUGCGGCACCCGUGCAAGCGGCGGUGUUGCGACGGGAAUUGUCCGCCCUGCGCGGACGUGUGCGGGCGGAAGCUGAUGUGCGGAAACCACAAGUGCCAAGCGCCGUGUCAUCGGGGUCCUUGCGCGCCAUGCAUGGUGACGGUGCGCGUGGCGUGCGCGUGUGGGGCCACCGCGUUCAACGUUCCAUGUGGAGCGGAGAAGGAUCAGAAGCCGCCCAGGUGUCGCAAGAUGUGCGCCAUUCAGCCUCUCUGUCGCCACCAGGACAAGUUGAAACCACACAGGUGCCACUACGGACCAUGCCCUCCGUGCGGGCUACGCUGCGAGGAGAAGCUGCCAUGCUCCCACCUCUGUCAGCAGAUCUGCCACGGUCCUCGACCGCCGCCCAAUCCGGACUACACGUGGCGUCCGAAGUCGAAAAAACAGCUCGCUCGAGAGCUGGAGAUGAGCAAGCGCGUGCUCAAAGAAGGCGACCCUUGCCCCCCUUGUAGCGAAUUGGUCAUCGUCACUUGUCUUGGACAGCACCAGGCACGCCUCAUGCCUUGUGUGACCGCAGCAUCUCAUCAAUGUCAGGAGCUCUGUGGCAAUCCCCUUCCUUGCGGGCACCACACGUGUCAGAAGCUGUGCCAUGUUGUCACGGUGAUGCGCGGCCCUCGCCCCCUGCCAGCUUCUGUCGUUGCUGGAGCAGUGACAGGAGGACAGCGAUGUACGCUGCCGGAGGGAGACGUAGAUGUCUCAUCGAAGCAAGUACAAGAUUCGUGCGAAUCUUGCAUUCGGCCUUGCGAGCAGGAGAGGCAGGGUCCGCCGUGUCCACAUCCUUGUGGACGACUGUGUCACCCUGAGCCGUGUGCUCCCUGUGCCGUGCCAUUGAAGAAACUCUGCCACUGCGGCAUGCGUAUCAUGAUCCUAGCAUGCCAUUUGUUCAAAACAGCCACUGAGGUGCAGCUGAGAAGCCUCCUUUGCUGUGGUGACUUCUGUCACAAGAGGCUCCCCUUCUGCUCCCACUUAUGCCCGGAGCUCUGCCAUCCUGGCCCCUGUCCGAAAGCCACAGAGUGUCACAAGAAGGUGACCGUCCGAUGUGCUUGUCGCAGGUUGAAGAAGGAGAUGGUGUGCUCCGACGCGCAGGCAGCGGUGAAGGGUGACCAGAAGACGCUGGCGGGGCAAGGAGGAUUGGGAAAAGAGGCGGGGACGGGGGAUGGUAAUUUGAUCAUUGUGGCCUCGGGAAUAACUCUGCUUGAUUGUGAUGAGGAGUGUAAACGAUUACUGAAGGAAAAAGAGGAAAUGGAGGCGGAGGCCGAGCUUCGGAGACGCAAAGCGAGGGCUUUAGAAGAGGACAGUCUUGCGAACUUGGUGGGUGCGGGUGCCGGUCAACGGAGACGCAAGGGGAGAGGGCGAGGGGGGCAGACAAGCGGGAGCAGCAGUGCCAGGUUAUGGCAGACGGUUCUCUCUCUUGGCUUGGUACGGAAAGCCACGCGUGUCAUCCUGAUCCUGCUGAUCCUGUUGCUCAUUUACAGUUUGUUUCUUUGCUUGAGCUGGCUCUCAGAUCUGAUGAAUGAAAGAGAUAAGGUAACCCCCAGAAAGCGACCACCUGGCUAUCAUUUCUUCUCAUAACUACCGCUGCUGCCAUGCGAUUGCACUGGAGCUCUUUUUCUCCCACCACCACCUUUGCUGCCCGAGAGAAGGCUUUCUCCAGCCUUAUCAAAGGACGAGAAGAGAAGAGAAGAGAAGAGAAGAGAAGAGAAGAGAAGUCUGUUCAGCAGCCACUUGGUGGCCUAACUAACUAGGGCUUUCUUCAGUAGGACGAGAGAAGAGAAGAGAAGAGAAGAGAAGUCUGUUCAGCAGCCCAUUGCUGGCCAAACCAACACUUUCUCGAGUAGGACGAGAGAAGAGAAAAGAAGUCUGUUCAUCAGCCCCUUGCCAAAGCUUUCUCCAGUGGACCGAGAAGAGAAGAGAAGAGAAGAGAAGUCUGUUCAGCAACCCUUGUCUCCUCCUGAGCUCUAUUGCCAGGUGUGCUAAGUAAGUGUGAAAGACUUGUCGCCGGAUGUCAGGCAUGAAGAGAGGUCUCUCGCAUUUCUGCUACCAGUUACAUAGCCUGCACAUUUCUUGUGAAAGUUGCAAUGAAGGGCUGCUGGAGAUCUCGAAGUGAUCAGAGCACAGGAGGAAUGUGGUCAUGCUUGGGAGCACCAACGUGUGUGCAAGAAAGGCGGCCCCUGAGGUAGUGAGUGAUUAACUGACCAGCGAGGGAAAUGGAGGGCGAAGAGACGGCUGAAGAGGAAGGGGGAACGGGAGGAGGAGGAGAGAGCCUGGAAACAAAGAAGAAGAGCCAAUUCUUCCUCUUGCUGAUGGUGGUGGGUAUAGAGCUUCUGUGCGGAGAACGUGUGAGGCUCUGCAUCCUGAGGUGUUUUCUCCACCUCACACGCUCACUUGUUUAUUGGAACCCCCUCCCGGGAAAGUGCAUUGAGCUUUCCUUUGUUUCUUGGUCUAAUUGCAGUCACGCCUAUAGCUUGAGAACCCGUACCAUGGCCUAGAGUUUUGCUUGCGGCCGCUGCAAAACAGUCUGAUAGCCGGUACUCAACUUGUGAGAGUGUUGGCUGCGAAGUGCCUGAAUCAUCCCUGCUUGUUACAGGCCACUUUCUCGUCUGUCCCUCCCAACUGGGUGAGCGUCCUGCGCAUUGCAUAAUUGCCCCUGACUGAGGACUUCAGAACAGCAGAAUGCCGUCCUCAUUUCAAAUGUAGGCUUCAAAGUUCAAAUUCAAUUUUUUUUUCCGAACCGGGUAAAUAAAUGCACGUCAUUUGA